UUAUGUACCAUGUAAUUUCACUUUUUUAACAUGAAAAAGAAAAAGAAAAGUUUGCUUGUUGGUGACAGUUACAGAUUUUAGAGAGUGGUGGAAAAAUCAUUGCAACAGUUACUAUUUAUCUUUCUAUCUAUCCCUCAAACCUCUCUCUUUCUCUUUUCUCGUAUGUUUCCCAAGUAAAACUUGAUGUCACCAUCACCAACUACACCUUAUUUGCUUCAACUAUCACAAUCCACCACUUAAUAAUUAUAAGCCAUAUUCUACUCACUUUUCUGCACUACCAAUUUUCACCAUAAUUCAAUCUUUGAACUCAUUUAGAUCUUCCAUAUUAGUACUCAAGACAAUAAGUUUUUUAGGUGAAUAUUCUUAAAUUUGAAUUUACUUGUAUAUUGUUAAAGCAAAAUGGAAUCUGAAAAUGAGGUUGCUUUGGAGGAAGAGAAACGUGUUAUUGAGGUGAUAACUGAGGAGAAUAUAAACAAAGAAUAUGCAAACAUUUGUGAUGCAGAAAUUCAAAAUGAGAAUGCAGCAUCUGAGGUUGAAAUUAGCCACAUUUUUACUAGUGACACUGUUGAAGUUGAUGCCUCUAAAAAUACAAAACUUGCUAAGGGAACAAAGAAUAGAGAAAAUGUUGCUUCCAAGAACAACAAAUUUGUUAAAGAUAAAUCCAAUUUGAAGGGCACAACUUCAAUAUCUAGAAAACAAAGGUCAAUCCUUUCUCAGAGCUUUUCUUUCCCAGCCAAAUCAGCACGUAAAGAUUCUAUGCAUAAAAGCAUUGAUGGUUGUCUUGUUAACACAAAAGUUAAACAUGUUCGAGCUUCCACUCUUCAUCAUUCAAGUAAGUCCACAAACUCUGAAGGGAAAUCAAAUGAGGCGAAAACAAACGCUGAGGGUUGUAAUAAGAGGAGUGCUUUGAUAUCCAUGCCUGGUUUGAAACACUCUGUGUUUGGAAGGUCUACUUCAGCUGUUGGAGUCACCAAGAGCUGCACAUUUGAGGCACCAUUACAUGUUGAUCAGAUAUCAAACUCAUCCAAAACUGCAAAACCAAGUAAAGAGGAUGAUGAUUCUCACUCCACAACUUCAAGUGCUACUCUUCGUCAGAGAAACAUAUGUUCUGGAUUUUCAUCCAGAUUGGAAGAAAGAGCUGAAAAGAGGAAGGAGUUUUUCUCAAAGGUGGAGGAAAAAGUUCUUGCCAAGGAAGCAGAAAAAACCAACCAACAAGCCAAAUCAAAGGAAAACCAAGAGAAAGAGAUCAAGCAAUUGAGGAAGAGCUUGACUUUCAAAGCCGCUCCAAUGCCAAGUUUCUAUAAGGAACCACCUCCAAAAGUUGAGCUAAAGAAGAUACCAACAACCCGCCCAAGAUCUCCAAAGCUUGGAAGGCACAGAGAAUCUGCUAUGAAAAACAAUUCUGAAGAAAAUUCAACCAAGGAAAAAAUCAUAAAAGGUCAUAAAGAUGUGAAUUCAAAGAAACCAAUCAAGAAAAUCCAAACCAAGGUGAAGUCUCAAGAAAAUGUAACCAAAGGAAGCAAUGAAGAAUGCCUACAUCCACAUGUAAACAAUUCUGACAUGGAGCAACAAUCAGAGACAGAUCAUCCUGCAAAUGAUCAUGUACCUCCUUUUAGUUCUACUACAGUUGAAUUUGCAUCAUGUGAGGUUACUGUUGGAGUUUAGAAUCAUAUCAUAACUAUGUUAGAGUAGGGAUCUAUGUUAUUAAAUAAGUAUUUAGUAGCUAUUAUUGUUGUUGUGAAUAUAGAAUUUGGUUUCAUCAUAAACGUGUAUUGCAAGUAAGAUUUUUAUUAUUAUUAUUAUUAUUAUUAUUAUUA